AUGGCGGCGACAGGUCCUUCCCUCCCCCUCAGUUCCUCCGCCCCGCCCCGCCGGCCGGGGCUGCCUGUGCGAGCGCAGCGCAUCGCGCAGCGGAGCGGAGGAGCCAGCCCCGGCCGGGGGGAGGAGGGAGGGCACCGCCUCCCCUUCCUCCUCCUCCUCCUCCGAAGGGGGCUGCAGACGCCGGCACCGCCGUCCCGCCCGCCCGGCGAGCCCGGAGCCUCGGCCUUCCCCUCCGCUCCUCUCUCUCACUCGACGCGCAUCGUCCGUCUGUCGCCGGACCCCGCCCGUCCGACCUUCGCGGCCUCGCCGAACCCCGCCCUCCUCCCUCUCCCGUCCGGCCCGGACCGCCCCGCCGGGCUCCUCGCCGACCUCCCGGGCCCGGGCCCCGCCUCGCCCGGAUCGCCCUUCGGAAGCGCCGUCCCGCCCGUUCUCCCGCCCCUCCGGCGGCGCGUCCGUCCGUCCGUCCCGUCACCGGGCGCUCCUUGUGGCCGACUCUGUCGGAGCGGACUCUCGCAGGCGCCGCGGUCAGGGCCCCGCACACGGGAAGCGCUCGGUAAGUACCUCGGGUCGACCCGCGGCGAGUCGAUCGUCCUCGGUCUAGCGGAAACGCGACACCCCAGACGGAUACCGUCGUCAGACGCGGUCCCGGGACGAGAGGAGCGGCGGGUGGAGCCGGGCCUGGGAGUCGGGAGGUCCCGGGUGACCCCGGGAGAGUCGCUUCCCUUCUCUGGGCCUCAGCGAUCCCUCGUCCGGAAGACGGGGAUGGAGGCCGCGAGCCCCACCCGGGCCGGGGACCGCGCCCGACCCCAUCCGCCCGUAUCGACCCCGGCGGGUCCGUACGGUGCCCGGCGCGCAGUAAGCGCUCAACGGAUACCGUGACUGUGGAGGCUGGGGGGCCCCACGUGGGAGGGGGACCGGGUCCCGCCCCAUCGCGGUGGGCUCGGAACGACGCUCGACACGCAGUAAGCUCUCGACAGACGGCACCGAGCAUCCCGGUCGUUUAC